AUGGGGAGUGAGAAUUACAAUGGAUUUUUAAUAGGGGUCACUGUGCUGCAGGGCGUAACACAGCCCACACUGGCCUUAACAUGGUUAACAGAAAAGCCUGUUUGGGUGGAUCAGUGGCCCCUCAAUCAAGAAAAACUCACAGCCCUGCACCCCCUGAUUAAAGAGCAAUUGGCAGCAGGACAUAUAGAAUCCUCUCACAGUCCUUGGAACACACCUGUGUUCGUGAUCAAAAAGAAAUCAGGAAAAUGGCAAUUGCUACAUGAUUUAAGAAAGAUCAAGGAGGUGAUUGAUGCAACAAUGGGGGCUUUGCAACCAGGGUUGCCUUCACCAACUAUGAUUCCAAUGCAACAGGAAAUUGUAGUCACAGAUUUAAAAGACUGGUUUUUUACUAUUCCUCUUGCUAACCAGGACAUGGAGAAAUUUGCAUUCACAGUGCCUUCAGUGAACAACAGUGAACUAGCCAAAAGGUAUCACUGGAAAGUUUUACCGCAAGAUACGAAAAAUUCACCUACUAUUUGUCAGUGGUUCGUGGCAAAAGCCUUGAGCUCUGUUCGAGCUGCAUUUCCAUCAGGUUAUUGUUAUCAUUAUAUGACGACAUCUUAUUAG